CAAUUCAAUCUUCAUUCUCCAAUGAUAAUUUUACAUUCCCUGUUCUGUUUAGUUGUCCUGCAUUAUGAAGUGAUAACGGUACAUAGACCGGUUUCUUUUAGAGCAAAAUUGACAAAAUUUCUAUUGUAAUAACACUUGAGUGUAUCAAAAUAUUUAACAUAUAUACAAGGUAUGACAUUUCAACUACAGUUAUUGUUUUAUCAGUGAUUUUGAAUUUGUUCAUUACAAAGUGAGGUUAUGUUGUGUUGAAUCGUGAAAAUACAGUUGAAUAGUUUUUGUAUUUGCACCACGAUGAGGAAAUAUCAUCAACUAAUUCUGGUAAUUGUAACUGUUUCAAGUUUAUCCACUCUAUUAAUGUAUAGACACGAGUACUUGAAAUUGAGGUAUGUUUUAGAAGUACUCAACUUCUUUGGGAACCAACAAGGAACGGUCAAUAAUUGCUUAGUAUUAAAUGAUACUUUUGUAAGAGACACUAAAAGUAGAUAUAUAUUUGGUAACCCAACACCUUCAUGGCUUAAACUAGGGCCUCAUUUUGUUUAUUCAGCGUUUUGGGAGGAGCAAAAUGAAAAAAAUUAUGUACGAGCUUUAGCAAUUGGACCUCCAUCUGCUUUCACUAACUUUGAGUGUCACAUCUGGUUUGAUCAAGGAGACGUCUUGUUCUCAGAAAUGGGGAAGUUUGGAUAUUCUGUUAGGAAUAUUCAUCGUGAUAACGAUUAUAAAGAUUCUAAGACAAAAAUCUAUGAACUUUAUUGUGAACCCAUCGAGACUACACCAGCCGGUUCUCCCCAUGGUGUUAUAUUUAUUCAUAAAAAGCCUAAAAUGAAGAUAAAAACUUUUGUUCCAAUUUAUAAUACUUUGAGUAGGAUUGAAAGCGCAAACUAUUCAGCUGUGUGCGUCAAAGCUGAUGUUACUGGACUGUCAAAAACGUCAAUACUAGAAUUUAUUAGCUACCAUCAAAUUGUUGGAGUAACCGAUUUUCUUGUUUACGAUAACGGUUUACAUCAUAGCAUUCUGUCUGAACUUGAAAUGCUAAUAGGCCUUGAAGGAUUUAUCCGUUCAAUUACCACUCUCAACUGGAACUUUCCCUUUGAAGAUUUAGACCUGCAGUUGGUAUUAAUGGAAAUGGAUUGCCUUGCUAGAACUUCUCGAAAAGUAGAGUUAGUCAGCAUUCUGGAUUGGGAGGAGUAUAUCUUACCCAAGUACUCGAAUAAACCGACUGUUCUGAAGAUGCUUGGAGAAGUGCUAAAAGACGACAGAAAGACAACAUCCUUCGAUGUAUCCACAGUUUUGUGUUGUACUGACAUGAAAAACGACAAAAGUGCUGAUAAGUCUUGGCCAGUUGUGCUUCGCAAAACGCAAUGCAUGCCUUUAGACGUUAAAAAGAGUAUUAUCUAUAAUCCCAAUGUUGAUCAAGAUGUAAGAAAACAAGAUAUGCCUUCAAAUUUCGGAAAAAUAUUCAUUUAUAAAGCCUGUAGCGGGCAAAAAACAAUCACAAAGUAUGAACCAACAAUGGCCCAGUUUCUAGGUGGUCUCAUGACAAGUAAACUUCUCAGACUGAGAAAGUCAGGUACUUUCAUCUUGAAUAGUUGAGUCUCAUACCCCUUCAAUUCAAAUGUUUUAAAUUGGAUUUUUCAUUCCUUUUCCACUCUUAUUUCCUCUAUAGGCUUCAUGUAAAACCUAUUCUUUGAGAACUGUUGCUCACAUUUUCUAUAUCAUCAGAUCUAUAGGCUAAUAAAAUUUGGUGAUGCGUUGAACUUUCAACUGUAGCCUGCAAUAUUAGGCUUUACCUGAAUUCAAGAAUAUAUAUUCUGCAAAAUGAAUAUAUUAUAUUAAGGUUGUAAAGGUACUGUCUAAAGCUGCGUACACAUAAACGCGCCUCCAACCCGCACCGAGCACGCUCCUCCCUCGUACCGCC